AUUAAAAUGCUUAAAACCCUAAAAACUUUUAAAAGCAGAAAUAGAUGACUAAAAACGUUCUAGGUUACAUCAAUCAAUCAAUGAAAACACAAACAAACUUAUUUUCAAGCUUUGGAGCAUCUAACUUCUCUCUUAGUGACUUCUAUUCCAAAUUCUAUUCAAAUAAAUUCCUCUGAACAAUUUUUGAGCAUCUGUUGCUCAAUUUAUUCAAAUACUAUUUAUCCAUUCCUUAAUAUUUUUAUAAAAUUGAAUUAUUGUGAAUUCCAGAUGCAAUUUUGUAAAUCAUAUAUAUCUGAUAUGUAAAUAUAUCUGUUUUUUUUGGGGAUGCAGGAAAAAGAACGAAACUUGAAUAUUUUAUAUAUAUUUUGUACAAAUUGAAAAUUGUAUUGAAAUUUAUUUCAAUUUAAAAAAUCUUAUUAUAAUCUUAAAAAUCUUAUAGAAUAACUAAUUGUUUGGAAAAAAGAAGAUAAAAAAUUACUUAUUGUACAGAAAUAUAGGCAUUAAAGUUGCAUGUCCUAGUGCAAUUUCAAUGUUUUCAAAUUCAUAUUAUGCAUUUAAAUAAAUAUAAAUAACAAAUAUAUUGUAAGAAAAAUAAACAUUUGCAGCCUUUUAACAUAUGAACUGAAAUUACCUAUUGAACCAAAAUACAGGCGUCAAAGUUGCAUACCAUAGAACAAGUUAACUGAUUCCAAACUUAUAUGUUAUAGCAUAAUUAUUGUGAUGAAAAACAAUUUUAGACUUCACAAAUUUUGGACAUAAAGUCUAUUUACAUCCAAAAAUAUAGGAUAUCAAAUGUGUUUUUUAUAUAUUAAUUUGUCAUUGAAAUAAAUUUACAUUAUUUGAACUUCCUUUUUUGAAAACUUAACAAGUAAGAACGAAAUGUCCCGUUUCCAUGGUCUUUUUAAAUCUACCAAAUGUGCAGUCAUAGGAAUGAUUCAUGUAAAAGCAUUGCCAGGUACUCCAAAAUCUUGCUUAUCUGUACAACAGCUUAUUGAUAGUGCUUGUGAAGAAGCUCUCAUCUACAAGAAAUGUAAAAUAGAUGGAAUUAUAGUGGAAAACAUGUUUGAUGUUCCAUAUGUAAUGGGAAAGCAAGUCGGUCCUGAAGUAACAUCAGUCAUGACAAGAGUUUGUUCAGAAGUGAAAAAUGUCAUGGGGAAAAUACCUUGUGGGGUUCAAGUAUUAUCAGGAAAUAAUUUUUGUGCGACUGCUGUAGCAUUUGCUGCAGGUCUACAAUUUGUCCGUGCAGAGAGCUAUGUCUUUGCUCAUGUUGCUGAUGAAGGGUUAAUGGAAGCAUGUGCUGGUCCAUUGUUAAGAUAUGCUAAAAACAUUGGUGCUGAUGUUUUGUAUUUUACAGAUGUAAAGAAAAAACAUUGUUCUCAUGCUAUUACUCAAGAUGUGGAUAUUUGCCAGACAGCUAAGGCAGCUGAAUUCUUUCUAAGUGAUGGUGUUAUUUUAACUGGUACAGAAACGGGUGAUCCUCCAAAAAUUGAUGAACUCAAAGCCCUUAAGGAGGCAGUAAAAAUACCAGUGUUGAUUGGAUCAGGAGUUACAGAAGCAAAUUUAAAGAACUAUUCCACGGCUGAUGCCCUUAUUGUUGGUUCUCAUUUUAAAAGAAAUGGUCAUUGGAUGGGAGAUCUAGAUUCAAAUAAAGUGCUAAAAUUUAUGGAAAAAGUAAAUCUUUUUAGAUAAAACAAUAGAAACAGUUAUUAUCUGAUUGAAAUAUCCAACAUAAAUGUGUUACAAUUAAUUAUCACUAAAUGUGUCAAAUUUUAUUGUUUUCUGUCAUCCAAUAUUAUUGUCAUCUGAGGUAAACAGUAUAAGAAGACCCUAUAUUCAUAUUUCACUCAAUAAAUUAUUUAAUAUUACUAUCUUAAAAGAAUUAUAAUCCAAAGACUAUUUAUUAUUUUAAGGUGCCUUAAUUUUAUUCUGUAAUAAAGUCUGAUAAUA